AUGGGCCGGCUGCUGAGGGCCGCGGGGCCGCCGCUGCCGCCGCUGCUGCUGCUGCUGGCCGGAGGAGCGUCUCUGGCCGUGCGUGCAGCUGGGUCCGAGGAGCCCGGCUCAGAAGGCCUCCCCUCCACCUCCCUGCUGGACCUCCUGCUGCCCACGGGCCUGGAGCCGCUGGACUCGGAGGAGCCGAGCGAGGCCGUGGGCCUGGGCACUGGCCUGGGAGCCCCCGGCUCAGGCUUCCCCAGCGAGGAGAGCGAAGAGUCCCGCAUCCUGCAGCCGCCGCAGUACUUCUGGGAGGAGGAGGCCGCGCUCAACGAGUCCAGCCUGGGCCUGGGGCCCGCCGCAGAUUACGUUUUUCCAGACCUGACUGAGAAGGCGGGUCCCACGGACAACACGGGCCAGAGUCAAGAGACGCCAGGUCUUGCCUCCCCGCUGCCCGGGGUAGACCUGGUGGGGCCGCCUUGGCACGUGGCCCCCGGAGAGGAGGAGGAGGAGCAGCUGCUGCCGGUGACCGGACCCCAGGAGGAUGCCCGAAGGCAGGCCCCCAGCUUCCCACCGGCGGGCAGCAGCCAGGCCCCGGGGUCCCCUGAGCACCGGCCCGAGGAGUCAGGGGACUCGGCGGCCUCGGGUGGGGAGGCAGGCAGCAGCAUGGAGCCCAGCCUGUCCCCACCUGGGGUCAGCCUGAGCCCGGUGACCCUGAGGGGUCAGGACGCGGCCGGCCGCGGGGCAGGGCCCACGGUGCUGCCGGCCGCAGGGCUCGGCGGCAAGUCUGAGGCCCCUCCGGAGCCCGGUGUGGAGGCCGCUGCUGCAGCCGCGGGCUUGGCCGGCCGGCCGGGCGCGGGGCCAUCCCCCGCCUCCUUCCCUCAGACGGCUGCUCCCGGCAGGGCUGAGGGCCCCAGCAGAGACGCCCUGCAGCCCGGAGCCUCGGCCUCUUUCCCGCUGGCCCCCAGAGGCACAGAGCUGACACCUUCUUCUGUGACUCUGGGGCAAGAUGACGUCAGGCAGGAGCCCCAGGAAGGGCCAGCUGGGGCGGCUCCGUCCAGAAGGCCCUGGGACUCCACACAGGUCCUCUGCAAAGACUGGAGCAACCUGGCCGGGAAGAGCUACGUCAUCCUGAACAUGACCGAGAACGUGGAGUGUGAGGCGUUCCGGCGGCACCGCGGGCUGCAGCUCCUGGCCCUAGUGGAGGGCGUGCUGCCCCGCCAUGGCCGCGGCCGCCACGGCGCCUGGCACAUCUCCCUGAGCAAGCCCAGCGAGAAGGAGCAGCACCUGCUGAUGGCGCUGGUGGGCGAGCAGGGCGUGGUGCCCACGCAAGACGUGCUGUCCAUGCUGGGCGGCGUCCGCAGGAGCCUGGAGGAGAUUGGCAUCCACAACUACUCCACCACCACCAGCUGCCAGGCCCGGGCCAGCCAGGGGCGCAGUGACUACGGGACGCUGUUUGUGGUGCUGGUGGUCAUCGGCGCCCUCUGCGUGGUCAUCAUCGUACUCGGCCUGCUCUAUAACUGCUGGCAGCGCCGGCUGCCCAAGCUCAAGCACGUGUCGCACGGCGAGGAGCUGCGCUUCGUGGAGAACGGCUGCCACGACAACCCCACGCUGGACGUGGCCAGCGACAGCCAGUCGGAGACGCAGGAGAAGCAGCCCAGCCUGAACGGCGGCGGCGCCGUCAACGGCCCGGGGGGCUGGAGCGCGCUCUUGGGGGGCAGGCGCGACCCCGAGGACUCGGACGUGUUCGAGGAGGACACGCACCUGUGAGGGGCUGUGCCCCGCCCGGCCCUCGGCGCAGGGCCCCCCCCGCUUCCCCUGACUCAGGACGCGCCCCGGCCCCGGCCCCGCCCCCG